GUAGGAUUACUUCCAAUAGUGUGUGGGUUUGACUAUGUUUUUGUUUUGUUUUUUACUCUUGAUUAAAGGGUAUAUAUCUAAAUCCAGAAAAUGUAGUACUUGCAACGAUUACGCCUAUGACGCGCUGUGGCAAAAUGUAUCUUCUGAUUAUGCUCCCUGCAAAACGCAUUUGGGAGUGAAGUCAAAUCCAAGCCAAAAGCCCAACCACCGCAUAUCUAACGAGUCUGGUGGAUAUGUGUUGAGAGAAUCCUUUAUAUCGGUGCUGGGGCCGUAGUAGAUAUGCAUACGCUCGUGUCGCUUUCGCUUGCUAAGAUCUUGUUGAAACGCUAUUCAUGUGUUGUCCUGCUUUUUC